AUGGAGGAAGAGCAAAACACUGAUGAAGCACAGCUGGAUGUUUUAGACAUGCUGAUGAGACCCCCUUUUCCUGGGACCAUGCAAGAGGCCAUGGCCUACUGGGAGUACUUGGACUGCCAGACUGUGUCCUGUGAUGCCUGGCUGUGGAGGAGGAACCUGGGCAAACCAGACUGGGGGAUUAGGCAGGUUGGUGUGAAAGAAGCAUUGAACCUGAUGGACUACAGGCAUCUCCAGCCACAGCAAGCUGAAAUCCCCAGGGCCAUUUUCAAACUGCACCCUCUCAUUAAGGCUUUGGUGCAAGUCAGCCCCAGUGCAGAAAUCAAGUACAGGAAUUUGAAGCACAGCCUGACAGUGGCUGUCCACAAGUUUGGAGCUGAACUCUUGAACCAGUAUUGGGAGGUGGAAGCAUCUUUGCUACCUGGGAGGGCUGCUGACAGCAUACUUGUCCUCCUUAAACACUGGAGGAGGGUGACAGCCAGCCCAACAAGUUGGGAAAGGUUUGGCGCCAAGCUUGACACAGCACAGCUCCAAGUGCUCACUGGGUUAUACAAGAAGACUGGGAAAACAAAUUUUUGUGCGGCAUCAGGCACCAGGAAGCUGAAGAAAGAGGUGUCAGAUGUUACAAUUGGAUCUGAUGGCUGGCCUGCAAUGUUGGCCACCUCUUCUGCAUCAGAAACAGAGGCUGGUUCUGAUGAUGAAGCUCCUGAAGGCCCUGAGGCUUCUGAAGCUUCUGCUGCACCCAGCAACUCUUUGCUUGGGAGCCCACCUCCUGUGACCAAAGCCAAGUGGAGGGAAAAGGCUGGCAAGCCUGUGAAGAAAAGGCCUGCUGGGAAAACAAAUGAAAAGAAUGACAGUUGCCAAAAAAAACCAGCAGCAAAGAAAGACAAAGCAGCAAAAGUGAAAAAGAAUCCAAUGGGCACAGGCUUGGGGCCAGAGACACCAAUUUCUCAGGAGACCCUGAGCAUAGGUGGUGGCAAGAACCAGUCCUACAUACAACACAUGCCUUUGGGCCCCAACACUGACAAGAAGCUUGUGGUCAGUGUGUCCUUGGCCCAAGCCACCAAGCUCAAGGUGUCCCACAAGCAGCUGGUGGAGGAGCUCUUGCCUGCUUGCAAAGAGGCUGGUGCCACCAAGGGCUCAGUGUUGGCUGCCAGGUCGCCAAAAAGGAGCAGAAGCAAGAGCAAAAACCAGGCCAUGCCAAUGCCCAAGGGCAGCUGGAGCGAUGAUGGGGGGUGGGAAACAGGAUGGAGAGAUGGGUGGGAAGACUGGGAAGAGUGGGACACCUGUGGUGGUGAAGAAAAAGGCAGUGCCAUGCAGAGACAGAGGCUGGCAGCUGUGAGGGAGGUCCAAGGCCAGCCCAAGAAUGAACUGGAGGACCAAGUGCAGAGGCUCUCUGCUAUGGGCCAGUCCAGGUUCAAGAGGAUGCUGAAUAGGAAAGAAAAACAAGAAAAGGCUGAGAAGGAGAAGCAGGAGGUGCAUGCCAGUCCCACAGAUCUGCACCAGCUCCUGCAGGACCAGCCAAUGCUCACAAAAAAGGCCUUGGGAAAGGGCAAAAAGGCCUUGAGAAAGGGCAGCAGGAAGAAGAAAGCAGCACAAGCAGCAGCAACUCUGACCAGUCCAGCACAUCUACAGAUGGAGAAAAAGGAAAAGGGAAAAGGUGGAGCUAAGGCUGCACCAGAGGUGAAAAAGGAGGUGGACCAGGGCAAUGGAAGUGCCAAAGCCCUGAGGAAGGGCCAAAGCCCUGAGAGACCAGCCCUGCACAAGGGCAAAGCCCUGCAAAAGGGCAAAGCCUUGCAAAAGGGCAAAGCCUUGCAAAAGGGCCAGAGAGAAGCCCUUUGGGGUCGCUUUAGCAGGGCAAGGGAUGCCCUGAAGGACACCAAAGCCACAGAGCUGUGGGGUGACCUGAAGAAGGCUGGCAUCUACCAGAAAGAGUUGGUUGCCUUGACUGAAGUUUCAGGCAGCUUGGCUGGCAGAACCCAAGUUUCAAUGGGUGUUCUGGCUGCAACCUCAUUCCUGCUGCUUGUGAACAGGGGGUCCAUCAGGGUCAGGAAAGACCCAAAGGACCAACAAGAGUGGCAGUUCUGCCUGGAGACAGCAGUUGUCUUCAGUGACAAGCAGUCCAAGCAUGAGAUGAACAUGGAGGCUGCCACCAAACUGGAAGCCAUCCAAUGGAUGGAAGCCAGAAAGGCUGGCACCAUGUUGGGCCCUGAGGAAGGGCUGGCAGCAAAUGCCUUGAAUGAUGUCCUCCCCACCAGUGCCAAAAAAAAGGCUAAAGAGCUUGCAGCUAUCAAAGGCAAAGAGUCAGAUGAAGAAGGUGAUGCAGAAGAUGAGGAAGAAGAUAGCAAACAAAUACUCAAUGCAGCUGCAAAGGAAGCUGACCUCCUGUCAGACAUGGGGGGUAGCAAAAGCAAAGACCUCACAGCCAAGAGAAUCUUGAAGAUGCUCAAACUGGUCAAGCAACUUAAUGCUGACCUUGCAAAGGGCAGCUCAGGGAGUAAGGCAGCAAAGCACCAGAAAGAUUUGCAAAGUUGCCAAGUUGAGUUGCAAAAACUUAGCAAACAGGGGCAGAAGGUCAAGCUGGAAGUUGCCAAGGACACACUCUUUGAAGCAGCACUGGCUGUAAAGAGAGCAGAAAAGGGGCCUUCCAUCCAAGCACUUGCUAUGGCUGCAAGCAAGUCAGGGGCAUACACCAGUGAUAUCCAGGAGCUUGCAUCCCUUGGCAACCAUGGCCAGAAUCCCAACCACAUUGCCCACCAAUUGCAAUCCAAGUACUGUGAAAGCACUGACAUAGACUUGCCCAUGCCCUACUUUGUGGAGACCCCUGUGCAGCUCAGAACAGCAGAUGGCUUGUCUGUGGCACAGAAGAAAGUAGGGAUGUUCUUACCACAUGAGUGGUUUCAUUGGCUUUGUGGCCAAGACCAGGCUAUGUCAGGGUUGCAAAAUGUUGAAGAGUUCUGGAGAGAACACAGCUCAAGAGACCCACAGCUGAAGAACAACAUCAUCAGAGAGCAUAGACAUAAAUCUUUGCCCUGUGGCUUACAUGGAGAUGGAGGCCAAUUCCAACGAAAUGAUAGCAUCAAUGUGAUCAGCAUGAGGAGCCUGCUAUCCAGCCUCAAUGUUGCUUCAAGCCAACUCUUGCUACUGGCUUUGCCAAAGGGUGCCAUCAACAAAAGCCCUGAUGAUGCAGCAUGUGACACCAUGAAGGUCCUUUGGCAAGUACUCCAAUGGUCUUGGGAAGCUGCUUUCUACAACAAGUUUCUUGAAUUUGACCAUGCAGGGAACCCUUGGCCAGCAAAGUCUUGGAGACAGCAGAUGGCUGGUCAACCUUUGAGCAGAGAAGGCUUCAGAGCUUGCAUCUGGGCAGUGCAGGCAGAUGGUGAGUACCUCCAGAAUGAGUUCCAGCUGAAAGGUGCGUCACAUGAGGAGAUGUGUUUCAAUUGCUCAGCAAACAAAAGCACUCUGCCCUACAAUGACUUCAGGCCCACUGCAGCUUGGAGGGCUACAGUGGUGGAGCAUGCAGGGGCAUGUCCUACAGAUCAUGUGAUCAGCACCAUUCCAGGUGUGGUUGGUGAAACCUUCAAAUAUGACACCCUACAUGUGCUAGAGGAAGGCCUCACAGCACAUGUGCUGGCCAAUGUCCUCUUUGACCUGGUUGUGAAGCCAGGCCUGCCAGGAACACAGAAUGAGAGACUGACCUACCUCUUUAGGAAAAUCUGCACCCUCUACCAAGAGCAAGGCAUUGAGGCCAGUGACAGGAUCAGGAAGCUGACACUCUCUACUUUCUGCUCUCCAAAGAGCAAGCAUGAUCAGUUUCCUACUUUGACAGGGGUGAAGGCUAGACACUGCAGGUGGCUGGUACCCGUGCUGGAAGAGAUAUGUUUGGAAUUCCAGAGUACAGAGGACAAGUACAGUGUACAUCGGUUUCAAACUGUCAAGCACCUCAACCAGCUCUACACAACCUUGGACUGCAGUGGCAUGCACCCCACAGGGGAAGAAGCAGCUUCUUUCAAAAAAAGCAUGAACCUUUGCCUCCUACACUACUCCAGGCUGUCAGUGUUGAGCAUCCAGAAAGGAAUUCUACAAUGGAAUGUGACCCGCAAGUUCCACUUGUGUGAGCACUUAGCAAGUGUCUUUCAGUGGUUCAAUCCUAGAUUUUACUCCUGUUAUGCUGGUGAAACAAUGGUGGGCCACCUAUCAGCCCUUGCUCAUUCCUGCCUGAGUGGCACUGCCCCCUACCAGGUGGCCAGUAAGGUCACUUGGAGAUACAGGUUAGCUCUUCACCUGAGGAUCCAAGGAGCUGAUUUUUCAUGGCAAGAUAUAGAAAGUGAUUAA